AUGUCUUCGAACGAAGUCGAGGCCUCGUCCUCGGGCAAGACCCCAGCACAGCUCAUGCAAGAGCAGCAUGAAGCAGCUGAGAGCCAUCGUCCGACGGUCGAGGACGUCGUCGACGAGGAAGACAUUGAACACCCUCCCCCUUCUGCUUCAUAUGCCGCUGGCGAUGACUCUGCUGCCACCAACGGCACUUCUUCGAAGGCCGCCGGCAAGCAGAAGGCAUCUGAGAUGGUCGGCGCCAUCGACACUCAAGACGAAGAGGCCUUUCCCGCACUCGGUUCCAACUCCAAGGCUCCUGCUGUACCGCGCGCCACUGGCUGGGGUGCUGCGGCUGCGAAGGCAACAAAGCCCUCAGGUCCAUCGUCUCAACCUGGCUCAGGAAAGCAGACUCCCGCGACCGCGACGCCUCGGGCCAGCACUCCUGUCUCUACUGCUGCUUCUAGCAGUAUCAACCUGCCCGGUCGCUCUCGAGACAAAUUUAUCAUCCCGAACAGCGAGAUCGACAAGACCAAGCCUCGUCAGAAAGUGUUCGUUGAUGUGAAGAAGAAGUUCAAUGUCAUCGUGACAGAGAAGCCCACCGGCAACGAAAUCACCUUCACGGCUGAAGGUCCGACUUCAAAGGUCACUCCGGCGCUCAUGUACAUCUCCGAGCAGCUCACUGUCGAGAAGGUGAAGAAGCUUGAGAUUCCUUCUUCGGCCACAGCUCAAAUCAUUGGUGCCAAAGGAGCGAACAUCAAGAAGCUGCAGGAGAAGCAUGGCGUCAACAUCAACGUCAGACAGAAGGCUGGUGCCGAGGCAGACGACAACGGGUUCGCUUCGGUCGAAGUCAAAGGUCAUGCUGCUCAGGUUGCCCAGGCUUGCGAUGAGAUUUCCAGGAUCGCCAAGCAACACGAGAAGCCCGUCACCGUGCCGCUCACCAACAUUCCUCCUGAAUUCUUCCCCUUCAUUGCUGGCCGCAAUCCGACAGCUAUGAAGAAGUUCGAAGACGACAACGAUAUCCGCAUCGAGAUUCCGGCAUAUCAUUCGUGGCGCUCUCAAGCUCCAGCGAAGACCGAGCUGAUGGACAACCCGCCCGAUUCCUACCCCAUGGCCAGAGCAAAGAUCGAAAGCAUGGCUGAGAGGAUGCAGAAUGAGCUUGUCGUUGAUGAUAUGCCCAUUGAGCAGUUCAUGCAUCCCUUCAUCGUUGGUGAGCGCGGUAUCGAUCCACUCGAGUUCUUCGAGAAGACCCGAUGCAUGGUCAUCACCCCUCCCAGCCACCACGAGACGGAAGAGGUCCACAUUAUUGGUCCGCAAGACUCCCUCGCAGAUGCUCGUAGGCACGUCGAGGAGAUCAUUGCUAGAAAGCAAAUGAGACAGUUUGGAAUCAACAAGCAGUUCCAAGACUCGCGAUAUGGUGCUCAGCGUCACUCUCGCGGUCUUGCACAGUACUUGCAGCGAAAGGCCAUUGAACGCGAGUUUCUCAAAAAGCAUCGCGCCGAGAUCAUCUUUCCAUCCAAUGCGGCCGCGUCUCCCGACUGGACAAUCAUCACAGACGAGCCGAGCAGCGCUAUUGCCGCUCGCACGGAACUCGCCAGCAUUGCAGGAGCUUUCCCGACGGCGCGAAUUCAGCUUGUCGAAGUGGAUCCGUUCUUCCAUUCGCACAUUCAGCAGCAGUAUACCGAGAAGCUGCAGAACGACCACGGAGUACACAUGUUCGUACUGGAGGACGAUGACGGUGAUAGUGUCGUACUCGUUUACGAGGGUCCUCAAUCAGAUGAGUCAUACCAGAUUCCCCGAUCGAAGCCGUCGAAAGCAGAGAUUGCUGAGUAUGAGCGUGCUUUGGCAGAAGCCGAAGGUCUGCUUCGUAGUAUUAUUCCACCUAAGGGUAUCUCGCAGAGAGACUUCUCGGUGGCUUCAAAAUACCACGACAGAGUUCGACGCUUUGUUCAACAAGAGCAGCAGCCAGUAGGCGGGUUUCCGGUCCACAUCGACUUCAAUCGGAACAGACCAUCAGGGCCAAGAGACCAAUCAAACCGUGUCUUUCUGCGGCACCCCGAAGAUGCCGCACUCGAAGAGCUGCAACGAAAGAUCGAAGAAUUCUUGAUCCAAGCAGAGCAGGAUGAGAAGGAGCGCGGUCACACCAUCACUGUUCCCUUCCAGGCUAAGCACAAGUCGCAAUUGAUUGGCAGUAAGGGCAAGUUUGUUAAAUCGUUGCGCGAAAAGUACGAUGUCAACAUUCAGGUCGGUGAUGAGAAAUCGGACGAGAUCCAAAUCAUUGGACCUCCCAAAAAGGCCGAGGCGUGCAAGGCUGAGGUUCUCAAGCUCCACAAGGCGUGGGCUGACGAAGUCACCUAUUACAUCAAGAUCGACCCCAAAUUCCACGGACAGCUCGUUGGAAGAAAUGGCGAGAACUUGAGAAAGAUUCAAGCUCGUGCCGACGAUCUUGUCCGUAUCGACUUCCCACGUCAAUCGCGUGGGCAAGACGAUGCUUCGGAUGUCGCAAGUGAUGCCGGUAGCACGAGGCGUGCCACGCCUCCCGACCAGAUAACGAUUCGUGGUCCGAAGGCAAAGGCCGAUGCUGUGAGAGACGAAUUGCUGAGCUACAAACAAUACCUGGAAGAUAACUCGCAUUCUGCCAGCGUUUCCGUCGCGCAGGACCAGGUUGCGUCUUUGAUUGGCCGAGGCGGAUCUGAGUUGAACAAGAUGCGUACAGAUACUGGAGCCGAGAUCGAUGUUCCAAAGGCCAAUGGCGCUGAUCGGGUGACUAUUACCAUCCGUGGCUCGAAGAGCGCUGUGGCUCAGGCCAAGGAGGAGAUCUCGAAGCGCGCCAAGGCCUUCGACUCCAUUGUCACAAGAACGAUCGACGUCGAUCGCAAGCACCACGGAGCGCUCAUCGGUGGUGGAGGUGCCAAUAUCCAGGCUAUCGUCGCUAAGGCUGGUGGCACUGGCCAGAGCGCAGAGCAUGUUCGGUUUCCCAACAAGUCAGGCGAGCAGUCCAGCACCCUGACUGUAAAGGGAACGCAGGCUGUGGCGGAUGCGAUUGUGAAGCAGAUCCACGACUUCGUCAGCGAACGUGAGAACCAAGUCAUCGAAGUUGUCGACGUUCCGCUGCGCUUGCACAGCAAUCUGAUCGGUCCCGGCGGAGCCAAUCGCUCAGAGUUCGAGAAGAAGCACGGAGUUCAGAUGAAUGUGCCUCAUAGAAACGACAAGAAGACCGGCGUCAAACUCACUGGAGCGGCUGAAAAGGUUGCUGCAGCGAAGGAGAGCCUACUGGGCCUGGUCGAUUCCAAGAAGGGUGAGACCAUCACCGUGCCUCGAAAGUACCACCACGCCGUGGCUCAGAAUGGUGCUACCUUCGGAGAGCUCAAGCAGAUGGGCAUUCGCGUGGACCACGGUGGAGCAAAGACACCUGCUAAGCCCAAAGCCAAGACCAACGGCGAGUCAACCACCAACGGAGCACUGCCUCUCAUUACUGACCAAGGCUCUUCUGAGACCGCAGAGCCUGUUUGGGAGCUGGUCUCUCUCAACAGCGACGAAGAGGGCGAUAUCAUCUGGGAGCUGUCCUCAACGCGCAACGACGCGGAUCUCGCACGCGCCAAAGCCCGCAUCCAGGCUCUGCUCGAGAGUGCCACGACACCUCGAUUCACCGGCUAUCUGACGCUCGCUGACCCACAGCUGCACAGACGCAUUAUUGGUCAACGUGGUGAGAAGAUCGAUGGUAUGCGCAAGGUUACAGGCUGCGACAUUCAGGUGCCGAAGCGUGGUGGAGGUGGCAGCGAAUCGAUCACUAUCACCGGUGGUGAGGAAGGCGUUCUGCAGGCCAAACAGAUGAUUUUGGAGGCUGUGAAUGGAAAUUAG